GUAAACCAGGUAGGCAUGCGGCUCCAGAUGAUAUCUAUAGGACUUCACAUGCAGCUGAGGAUAUCAUUCAACAUCUGUGUGCUCGCUGAGCUGCUUCUAGGACAGCCUCUGUUCCCUGGAGAAAGCGGUGUUGAUCAGCUUGUUGAAAUCAUCAAGGUUCUGGGCACACCCACACGUGAAGAAAUUAAGUGCAUGAAUCCAAAUUAUAUCGAGUUUAAAUUCCCGCAAAUCAAAGCUCACCCGUGGCAUAAGAUAUUCCAUAAAAGGAUGCCUGCUGAAGCAGUAGAUCUUGUGUCCAGGCUUCUGCAGUACUCACCAAAACUUCGAUCGACUGCUGUAAGUGUAACAUCAUUAUUUUAGCA